CCGUUUACUAUCCAAUCAAGGUGACAGCCGAGCGUGCAUAUCCUUAACAAGGCACUCAUUUAACUAGAAAGGAAAGCACAAAAAUAAGAAAGUAAAAGUAAAAAUAUUGACAGAUAGCACUUUACAAAUACUCAAAGGAAAAUAAAACUGACAUAAUGUCUUCACAACAAAAUCGUGGCGGCCAGGACGCCCGCCCCAUACCAGCAAUACAGUGGGGAUCCAUGGGAGACCCGUCAGCCCGUCUGGGCACCUUUGUCAAUUGGCCAGCGGACAACCCCCUGCGAGCCGCUGACCUAGCAGAAGCCGGGUUUAUACACAUGGGUCAGGGAGACAUGGUGAAGUGUGUCUACUGUGGAGUAAUGAUAAGAAAUUUUGAGCCUGGCGAUACUGCCAUGGGGGAGCAUUCGAGAUAUUCUCAAGAAUGCCCCUUUGUUCUGAAGAAACUACGUUCGGAAAGGCAGAGAGAAAAUUUCAGGCAAAUAUAUUCAACACAGUCUGAAUCUUCUGGCUAUGGGACAGGUUCUGCUGGAUCGACUGGACGUUCUGUUGCCACUGAAACGUCAGCUGCAACAUCAGGAUUUGUCACAGGGACAACAUUGCAAUCAAGAUGGCCAUCAUCAGUAUUGGAAAAUAGCCCUAUAGUUAAUGAAAAACCAAGACAUCCAGAAUUUUCUACCAUACAAAGGAGACUAGCUACUUAUAAUAACUGGCCAAGUGACAAGACCCAGAGACCAGAUAUGCUUUCUCAUGCUGGCUUCUUUUACGCUGGCUUUAACGACAUUGUUAAAUGCUUCUUUUGUAAUGGACGCCUGGAAAAUUGGGAGCCUGGGGAUGAACCGUGGACGGAACAUGCCCGAUGGUUUCCCAAGUGUGGCUAUGUGAAACAGUGCAAGGGUUUGGACUUUAUAAACAGUAUUAAAAGAAAACAGAAUGAGUCAGCUGCAGGCACUCCUCCCCCUUCAGCGCCUGCAUCCAGGGCCCCCUCCUCCCAAGACAGGACGUCAGAGGCGCUGAUGAAGCCCUACGCCAGGGCAGUGAUGGAGCUGGGAUAUCCAAGUGAUAUGGUGAAACUGGCUAUUGAAAACAGAUUUAGGGACUCUGGUGAGUUGAAAUAUGUGCUUACAAACAAAUCUUUGAAGUCUGAUUCUGCAGUUACUGCUGAGUCUAAUGGACAAAAUUUCUCUCCGUCACGGAGACUUCACUUAAACAGAAUUGUGAUUCCUGUAUGAGAAAUUCAUUUUUGUGAAAAUGAAUGGAUGAUCAUGACUAAUUUAGAUAGUAUGUAAAUCGGUUCUGUUCUUGAAGUUUGUUCCUCCUGAGAUUUAUGGGAGCUGCCCUUCCCCAAGAAAAAAUAAAGAAUUGUACGGAACUCCAGAGUAGUUGCCCUGAAAUUUAGAUGAGAGGCCUAGAAUAGUGAUACCCCACCCCACCCCACCUCAUCCCUGUUUUAUAUUACCU